AUGUCUCCCUCACAGAACAAAUUAUUCUUUAAAUGGUCCGAGGCGUUUGAUUCAGCAAGACACAAGCUUCUCGCUAUCAGGCAACAAGAAGGAAUCGAAGAAGUAAAACGAAAGGGAAUUAUUAUUGACAAAAACGUAUCACUUUCAACUUAUCUUGAGUUUUGUAAAGGAGAACCAAGCAUUUCUGUCAAACACCAUUUAAUCGACGGAAAAAUCGAAGCCUACGAAAUGCCUCUCGACCCUCACUCACUGAUACAAGCAAAGUUAACUAAUAUUAUGGAUAAUUGGAAUGAUCAGUUGCUAGCUAUGGGUGAAACGGAUAUUAUCGUGAAUGCGAAUAGUGUCUAUCGUCCUGAUAUUUGUGUUCGACCAGUAAAUCGCCGACGACCUUCACGCGCACAAGCAAUCAAUUCAACGGGACUCCCAUAUCCAACUAUGGUGGUGGAAAUUGGAAGUACCGAAAGUUUGAACCAUAUGCAUGAUAAAGUAGCAAAUUAUUUUUCUGUACGGACUACUAUCCAAAUUUAUUUAGCCAUCAAGUUGUACUUACGUCUCCAGAAUAAUACUUUUGCGCUUCUUGCACUGCUUUACUUACGUAACAAUCAAAAUCCAACAAUACCUGUAAUUGCGAAGUCUUUCGGAAUAGCAUCUCUUAGCAAUAUCUCGCGAGCAUAUCUUCUAAAUACUAUACGCGUUCCAGUCAAUAUGAUUACUGGUGUCGAUGACGAAUUUGGCGGGAUUCCUUGUAAUGGUGCAAAUAUUCCUGGAUAUCAAAUAGAUAUUCCUGCUGAAUUACUUUUUAACGAUGUUCCUGACGGUGUUCCUGGCGAUGCACCCGUUAACUUUAAUAUAGAUCUAUGGAAAUUACAAAACCGCAUUUCAGUGGGUCUAAGUCUAUAA